AUGUUAACUAAAUUUGGCCUGCUCAAUCUCAGUCAGGUCCUAAAAAUAGCUAGUCGCUUUAUAGAGUUAAGAAAUGCUCAUGACGUUAGUGUAUCUGUUGUUAUCUUGAAUGUUUCAAAUUUAUUUGUCGAUGUUGAUGGACAACGAGUGAGUGAAGAAACUCCAUCAUCAGCUGGUACGCAAAUGCGAGCUGCCAGCGGGCCCCAAGCUGCCGGUGGAGAGUUUUUUGGGACUAGUUAUAGUUUAAUAGAUGAAAGUUAUCCUAGAGGUUUUUGGAUUGCUGGUAACAGUGGUGGUGGCAGCGAUGAUAAUGGUGAUACCGAUGGUGUCGAUGGUGGUGGUAGUUAUGAUUAUGGUGGUUAG